CACGUGCUUUCAGUUUCUACUGAGUGAAACGACGUUCUCAUCACAGAAACACUUGUGCAACUUAAAGAUGGAUGCCUUCAACCAGGUAUCACUGUUUUCUGGUUCCCCUGAGGUGAUGGGUGCUGUGGCUGGUGUACUGAUGGAGUUAGGCUGUUGCCCAAGGUGCACACUGCGGUUUCUUGGGGAGAGGAGAUACCAUGCUUACAGGGAUAAUCAUCAGGAACUGUAUGAUCUGGUGAGGAAGCUAGUCAGUUUGAAGCCACUGAAUGGAGACUGUGCAACAAAGACCGCUGAUACAGAGAUGGGCCCUGACGGGGGAUCAAAGAAGCCUUGUGUUAUUUGUCUGGGUGUCUUACAAGAAUUUUGUACAGAGCAGUUUGCUCAGAAGAUCAGUGACUGUGUGUUUGAUGCUGGGUUUCAGUACAAUGAGCACAUCUGUUCUCUCAUGCUGCCACCCUGUAUAAUCAUCAGAGAGCAUUCACUCUGGUUACAUUUGGAGGACACCUUUCCAGAUGUUUAUAGCAACUGCUCUAAAGAAAGUGUCCCUACAAUAAAAGAUGUCUGGAAAUGGACCUUGGGAAGCAAUCUCUCAGAAAAGCUAUGUUCUCCAUUUGAAAUUAAGGCCCAGUUUGACAUCUGUGUCACAUUUUCCUAUAGUGCUUCAGAUUCAGAAUGCAGGUUUUUAACUGAAUUGUUUCCCGACACUUUUAAGAAGAGGAAAACCAACAAGAAGUUUGGUUGGGAAGUUUUCUCUAGAGCCAGUGUCAUCAAAGCUGUGUCAGACACUGCUGACAGCACCUUUAAAAGGUAUUACAGUGUCCCGCCUUCAAAAGCGAGGGAUGUUUGUAAAUGUGAGUCCAUUGUGCCCUCCCAUAAACAGAUCUAUUUGGCAGGUAGAUAUAACAAGUACAGCCGCAGUCUGAGUCAAACUCCAUGGUUAAUUGAGGGGAAGAAGAAAACGGAGAGCUCUGUAGAAGAACUUGUGUGUAACAGAAUCCUCCCCCACUUCAAACCAGAUGAUUACAAGUUUUCAGCUUCAGGACGAGAAGAUGUUGAUGUGCGAAUGCUUGGGUCAGGUCGCCCCUUUGUGAUAGAACUGAUCAACCCCCACAUCGUGACCCUCAGUGCCGAGUCACUGCGUGCAGUUCAGGAUGUGGUGAACAGUCACACACAGGACAUUGCUGUCAGAGAUCUACAGAUUGUACCCAGGGAAGAGACAAGCAUCCUGAAAGAUGGGGAAAUAGAGAAGACCAAGUCAUACCUGGCGUUGUGUUGGUGUGCUGACAUUUUCACAUCUCGCUUGUCUGAAAUCAUUCAGCAAACAAAGGAUUUGAAGCUCUUUCAGAAAACUCCAAUAAGAGUAUUACACAGACGUUCUCUGGCAGUGCGUGAGCGUACAGUGUACAGUAUGAGAGCAGAACCACUUGAUGACCAUCACUUUCACCUUCAUCUCUCCACACAGGCUGGAACAUACAUCAAAGAGUUUGUUCACAGUGACCUUGGGCGAACCACACCUAGUUUGGGAACGGUGCUGAACACAGAGUGUGACAUCUUAGAACUGGAUGUGGAGUCUGUUGAUAUUGACUGGCCAAUGCGACUAGAAGCAGGGAUAUCAAGUAGUGCUGGGGAGGAUGGAACUGAGAACGCCGGUAAAUCUGAAAACAUGGAAAAAAAUAAGAUCAUGGAAAAUUCUGGGAACACGGAAAAAUGUAAGAACAUGGAAAAUUCUGGGAACAUGGAAAAUUCUGGGAACAUGGAAAAAUCUGAGAACUCAGGAACCACAGACACAUCUGCGAAUAUGAGUAAACCUGAUAGUCCAGUCAAAAGUGAAGAUAUGCAGAAACUAGGCAGUGACAAUUUAUCUGACAGUAAGGGAGUUUAUUUAGCUAAUCCUCCAACUUGA